AUGGCUAUCCCGUGGAUAUUUCCCGUUCGGAUCGCCCAAGCUUUAUUCGGCGUGAUUGUGAUUGGACUAACUGGAUAUGUGGUCUCCACGUUCUAUGAUUCAUGGUCAUACUCCGACACAAUCAACUUCCUCCUCUUCCUCGGCUGCUGGACUGCCUUUAUAGCAGUGCCGUACCUCACAUUCGCGCCGAUUCAUUUCCCUCGUGUAGCGCAUCAUUAUGUGAUCCCCGGUGUUGAGAUUGUCACCAUGAUCUUCUGGUUUGCUGGGUUCAUUGCGAUGGGAUCUCAGCUGCCUCCGCCGCGGUGGUGUCAUUCCAGUACUUGCAGCUCACUCCAGGCAGCAACAAUUUUCGGGGCUUUUGAAUGGGUGCUCUUUGCCGUGACUUCAUACUUUGCAAUUGUGGAUGUUAUGAAUCAUCGUCGAAGUGGAGAGAGUGCCAAGACCGCCCAUACUAAUGCCCAUCUCGGCGUUUGA